AUGCCGCUGCCGCCGCUGUUGCUGCUGCUGCUCCUGGGGUCCCUGGGUCCCUUCUGCCCCGGCGCGCUGGCGGGGCCCGCCGAGGCCGAGGACAUCGUGAAGCUGGACUUCUCCACCGAGCGGCCGGUGCGCCUGGUGAGUCCCGCGUUCCUGUCCUUCACCAUCGACGCCAACUUGGCCACGGACCCGCGCUUCCUCAUCUUCCUGGGUUCUUCAAAACUUCGUACUCUGGCCAGAGGUUUGUCUCCUGCAUACCUGAGAUUUGGUGGUACUAAGACAGACUUCCUAAUUUUUGAUCCCAAGAAAACACCAACUUUUGAAGAGAGAAGUUACUGGCAAUCUCAAGUCAACCACGAUGUUUGCAAAUCUGGGUCCAUCCCUAUUGAUGUGGAGAAAAGCUUACAGUUGCAAUGGCCCUUCCAAGAAGAACUGCUGCUCAGAGAACAAUAUCAGAAAAAGUUCAAGAACAGCACUUUCUCAGAAAGCUCAGUAGAUAUGCUGUAUAAUUUUGCAAACUGCUCAGGACUUGACUUGAUCUUUGGUCUAAAUGCAUUACUAAGGACAGCAGAUUUGCAAUGGAACAGCUCCAAUGCUCAGUUGCUCUUGGACUACUGCUCUUCUAAGAAUUACAGCAUUUCUUGGGAACUAGGCAAUGAACCGAACAGUUUCAGGAAGAAGGCUGGUAUUUUCAUUGAUGGGUUGCAAUUAGGAGAAGAUUUUAUUGAGUUGCAUAAACUUCUAGAAAAAUCCACUUUCAAAAAUGCCAAACUCUGUGGUCCUGAUGUUGGUCAGCCUCGAGGAAAGACUCUUAAGAUGUUGAGGAGUUUCCUAAUGACUGGGGGAGAAGUAAUUGACUCAGUUACUUGGCAUCACUACUACUUGAACGGUCGGAUUGCUACUGAAGAAGAUUUUCUAAACCCUGAUGUGUUGGACACAUUUAUUUCAUCUGUACACAAAAUUCUCCAGGUGGUUGAGGAGAUCAGACCCCACAAGAAGGUUUGGUUAGGAGAAACAAGUUCUGCCUACGGGGGUGGAGCACCCUCGCUGUCCAACACCUUUGCGGCUGGCUUUAUGUGGCUGGACAAAUUGGGCCUGUCAGCCAGGAUGGGUAUAGAAGUGGUGAUGAGGCAGGUGUUCUUUGGAGCCGGAAACUACCACCUAGUAGAUAAAAACUUCAAGCCUUUACCUGAUUAUUGGUUAUCUCUUCUGUUCAAGAAACUAGUGGGAACCACUGUAUUAAUGGCAAAAGUAAAAGGUCCAGACGGGAAGAAACUUCGAGUUUAUCUUCAUUGCACAAACACCAAUCACCCAAGGUAUAAAGAAGGAGACUUAACCCUGUAUGUCUUAAACCUCCAUAACGUCACCAAGCGAUUGCAGUUGCCAUAUAAUUUCUUUGAUAAACAAGUAGACAAAUACCUUGUAAAACCUUUAGGACCUAAAGGACUACUUUCUGAAACUGUCCAGCUCAAUGGUCAAAUUCUGAAGAUGGUGGAUGAUCAAACCCUGCCAACUUUGACAGAAAAAUCUCUCCGCCCUGGGAGUUCACUGGGUUUACCAGCUUUCUCAUAUGGGUUUUUUGUGAUAAGAAAUGCCAAAGUUGCAGCUUGCCUCUGA